AUGAGCGGCGAGAAGAGAGGACGCCCGUCGCCCGGCGCCGGCGCCGGCGUCGCCGCGGCGGCGAAACCCCCGCGCCCGCCCUCCGCGGACUCCCUCGCGACCGCGGACUCCCCCCCCGGCCUGAGCGCGCAUCCGCUCGGGGUGAUGAACGACGCCGAGGGCGGGCGCGCGACGAGCGGGUUCACGAGCGCCGCGUCGACGCCCGCUGACCUGACGGACGACGAGGAGGACUGGCUCGGGAUGAGGAGGGACGACCCCGAGCCGCGCGCGCCGCCGGAGACGUCGCCGUCGUCGACGAAGCGUCGCGAUGCGGAGGAGGAGGAGGAGGAGGAGGAGGGCGGUCGCGACGUCGUGCGCGUGAUGGUCGCGGUCGUCAGCGACGACGCGCGGCUGCGCGCGUCCGAGGCGCGCGUCGCCGCGCUCGCGGAGGAGAUCGCGAGGCUGCGCGAGGAGGAGGAGGAGCGCCGCGCGGCGACGGCGACGGCGACGGCGACGGCGACGGCGACGGCGACGGGCGCGCAGACGGACGACGCGUUCACAGACGGCGACGACGACGACGCCCUCGAAGCCAUGGAGCUGCGGCUCGACCGCGCGGAGGCUGCUCUGGAGAUCGAGCGCGCGCACGCGGCGAGGCUCGCGGACGAGGUGAGGCGACGCGAGAAGGUCGCGGAGGAGACGCGCGCGGCGUUCGAAGACGCCGAGCGCGAGAGAGAGGCGGCGAAGGCGCUCGCGGCGAAGCUCGUCGAGGAGAACGACGCGCUCGUUGCGCGGUUGAACGCGCUCGCUGCGAGCGGAUCGGAAUCGCCGUCGUCGUCGUCGUCGGCGGCGGCGGCGACGCGAGACGCCCCGGACGACGAAGCGUCGAGCGCGACGUCGGAGGAGGAGGCGGAGUCGCCACCCCCGGGGUGCGCCACCCCCGCGGCGUCCCCGAACUCUGGCGGCGCGCGGCGGACGUCGACGCCAAACUCCGACGCGGCGGUGGACAGAGCGUUGAACGCCGCGCUUCGACCGAAACAACGCCGUCGCGCGAUCGGGCGGCUAUGGGGGUUUCUCUCCGGCGCUGACCGAACGCCGCCGUACGUCCCGAAGACGAAGCCGAGGACGUCGCCGGCGGAGGAAGGAACAGAAGGCGCGAGCGCGAGCGCCGCGCUUCCGUAG